UCUCUCUCUCUCUCCCGACAAUGGAAUUUUAGAGAGAGAAGAUUAAAAAAAUGAAAACCCCAAAAAUUCUUUCUGAAGUCUAGAGAGAGAAAGUUUUAAAAAGGAAAAGAAAAAACAAACCAAGUUCAGCUCACCUUUACCAGACUCCAAAAUAUGGAAGAAGUAUUUAGGGUUUUUACGUUUCUUUUAAUUAAUUAAAAUUAAAAAAUAUACAUACAUAUUAUAUAUAUCUCUUUCUCUCUCUCCCUCUCCCUCUCAAAAGAAAAAAAGGAAAGAUCUAAUGGAAAUGCCUGGUCGAAGAUCCAACUAUACACUUCUCAGUCAAUAUCCCGAUGACCAGCUGUCAACGGCGCCACAGCCGCAACCAUCGCAGCCAUCGCAACAAUCACUGUUCUACGAAUCAGAUUCAAAGAGUAGCAAUAGUAAACAAUUAAAACAACAAGAAAGAGGAUUCGAUUGGGAAUCAAGCAGCGGAGAUCACAGAGUAAUGAUAAAUCAGUCAACAAACAGUAACAGAAUUGGAAAUUCAAAUUUGUACGGAUUACAGAGGCAAUCAAGCGGAAGUAGUUUCGGAGAGAGUUCAUUGUCAGGUGAAUAUUACGCUCCCACGUUGUCUACAACUGGUGGAAAUGAAAUGAUUGAAGCGUUUGGUUAUAUGCAAGAAGACGGGACUAAUAAUAAUAAUAACUUCAAUAGAGUUAGAGUGACGGAUGCGGGUACAGGUACGGCUACGGGUACUGGAUCGUCUGGCAAGAGCUGGGCACAACAAACGGAAGAGAGUUAUCAGUUGCAGCUAGCUUUGGCGUUGAGGUUAAGUUCUGAGGCUACUUGUGCUGAUGAUCCGAAUUUCUUGGAUCCAGUUCCUGAUGAAUCCACGUUACGCUCCACUAGUUCUAACUCCCCUGAGGUUUUGUCUCAUCGAUUUUGGGUGAAUGGAUGUUUAUCAUACAUUGAUAAAGUUCCUGAUGGAUUUUACCAAAUUCAUGGAAUGAAUCCAUAUGUGUGGACUGUGUGCACUGAUUUGCAAGAGAGUGGUCGUAUUCCAUCUAUUGAGUCGUUAAAGUCUGUUGAUCCCGUUGCUGAUUCUUCAUUGGAAGUGGUCUUAAUUGAUCGACGUAGUGAUCCGAGCUUAAAGGAACUCCAGAAUAGGGUCCACGGCAUUUCAUGUGGCUGUAUAACAACAAAGGAGGUAGUUGAUCAGCUGGCAAAGCUAGUCUGCAGUCGUAUGGGGGGUUCAGCCACCAUAGGAGAAGAUGAUUUCACUAACAUCUGGAGGGAAUGCAGUGAUGAUUUGAAAGAUUGCUUGGGAUCUAUUGUGGUUCCAAUUGGCAGCUUAUCUGUUGGUCUAUGCAGACAUCGAGCUUUACUCUUUAAGGUUCUCGCUGACACAAUUGAUCUGCCUUGUCGAAUUGCAAAAGGAUGUAAAUAUUGCAAAAGAGAUGAUGCUUCCUCAUGUCUUGUUCGGUUUGGUCUUGACAGGGAGUAUCUAGUUGACUUGAUAGGGAAGCCAGGUUGUUUAUGUGAACCCGAUUCCUUGCUCAAUGGUCCUUCUUCCAUCUCAAUUUCUUCACCAUUGCGCUUUCCCCGAAUGAAAUCAGCUGAACCUACCGUUGAUUUCAGGUCUUUGGCCAAACAGUACUUCUCAGACUGUCAAUCACUUAAUCUUGUAUUUGAUGAUGCUUCAGCAGGUACUAUUCCUGAGAAAAUUGAGAAGACAGAUAUAGAUAGAAUUAACCUUGUGCCAAUUCCAAGCAACACCAAUGAAAUUUCUCAGUUACCUCUGCCUAUGAAAGUUGCUCGGACAAAUGCCCAAGAUAGAAAUAGUUACAUGAUUAAAUCACAUAAUGGUUCCCAGAAUGUCAAACAAUCAACAAACAUGGUGAAAGAUCUGAUCCCUUUAAAGCAUAUUCCAACUAUUGGGCAUAGAGAUGCGCGGCCACUUCUAUCAAUAUCUGAUCAGAGAGAGGAUACUAGUAAAAAUUCAAAAUUUUCUGAAGGUAGUCAAUUAAUAUCCAGUAGACAAAGUAAAGAAUUUUCACUUGAUGUGGAGGAUUUGGACAUUCCGUGGAGUGAUCUUGUUUUGAAAGAGAGAAUUGGAGCAGGUUCUUUUGGAACUGUUCACCGUGCUGAUUGGCAUGGCUCGGAUGUUGCUGUGAAAAUUCUCAUGGAGCAAGAUUUUCAUGCUGAACGCUUCAAGGAGUUUUUGAGGGAGGUGGCAAUAAUGAAACGCCUACGACAUCCAAAUAUAGUUCUUUUUAUGGGUGCAGUUACGCAGCCCCCAAAUUUAUCCAUAGUGACAGAAUAUUUGUCAAGAGGUAGUUUGUAUAGGCUUUUGCAUAAGUCUGGUGCCAGAGAGGCACUAGAUGAGAGGCGUCGGUUGAGUAUGGCUUACGAUGUGGCAAAGGGCAUGAAUUAUCUCCACAAACGAAAUCCUCCUAUUGUCCAUAGAGAUCUAAAAUCUCCUAAUCUUUUGGUUGACAAAAAAUAUACAGUGAAGGUGUGUGAUUUUGGGCUCUCUCGUCUGAAAGCAAACACGUUCCUUUCAUCAAAAUCAGCAGCAGGGACUCCUGAGUGGAUGGCACCAGAAGUUCUCCGUGAUGAACCAUCAAAUGAGAAGUCAGAUGUAUACAGUUUUGGUGUAAUAAUGUGGGAGCUUGCAACGCUGCAACAACCAUGGGGCAAUCUAAAUCCUGCACAGGUUGUAGCAGCUGUUGGAUUUAAGGGCAGGAGACUUGAAAUUCCGCGAGAUUUAAAUCCUCAAGUUGCUACCAUAAUUGAGGCUUGCUGGGCUAACGAGCCUUGGAAGCGCCCUUCCUUUGCCACGAUUAUGGACUCUUUGAGACUAUUGAUUAAAGCCCCCAUACCUCAAACUGGUCAUGCAGUUGUGCCUUUACUUACCUGAAUAAGGUUAAAGCACAAGUGAAGUCUUCUUUUGUACACAUAAUACGGCAUUCUUUUGACAUUUGUCAAAUGGCAGGGAUAAGCACUAUAUAGAUAGUCUCAGAAUCUUUGUUGUACAUGUCUGUUGUCCUUGCCAAUUGAGAAUUCUAAUUUUUAGCACAACUUAAGGAACUGCACCAAUAUUUUUCAUUACCUUUCUUCUGCCAACAAAAAUAUUGUUUGCUGUUGAUGGGAAGUUGUAUAAAGUUAUCUCCCAUAAUUUUGUAUGUAAUUUGUAACUUGAAUUAGCUCAAUGAGAAGCAGCUUCGUGGCAUUGCACUGCUUGCAA